UUCUCUCUCCCCCAUCUUCUCUCUCGAGAUUCUCUCCACUGGGAAGAUUAAGGGGGGGGGAGUUGAAAACCUGCGAACGGAGAACUGUGCUAUUUGCUCUCCACAAAAACCCACAGAGUGGAGCAUCCAGAAGGAAAAUAUCAUGUCACGUCCAGAGAACUUGUCCUUUCUUUUCUAAAUGAGGUGCAGCCAAGCGUCAAGAUCACACCGGAGAGGACAAUGCUACAAAUGGAUAUUUUCAUUCUCGUGUUGAUGACCAUCAUUGACUACGUUUCCAGUGGAGGCUAUUCUUCAAAGUAUGUGCACCCCAUGGUCAAAGGCCCAGUGGGGCCUCCGUUCAGAGAAGGCAAAGGACAAUAUAUAGAAAUUCCAGUGAUUCUUCCUUCGGAUCUCAAGGGUGAUAAAGGCGCACCAGGAAAGCCGGGACCAAGAGGACCAUCUGGGCCACCGGGAGUGCAUGGAAAUGCAGGAUAUGGCAAACCAGGUUUUCCAGGUCCAACCGGACCUCCGGGGACACCAGGAUUUUCACGCUUUGGAAAGCCAGGAAUGCCGGGAAUACCUGGUAAGCCAGGUAUCAUAGGGUUUCCUGGACCAAAGGGCGAUGAAGGACCCAGAGGAGAUCCAGGACCCCGAGGCCCAGCUGGGAUUCCAGGAGAACCUGGCCCUGCGGGAUUUCCUGUCCCUGGGAAGCAAGGAUCCCCAGGGAUUACUGGAGCCCCUGGACCUAGAGCAGAGCCUGGUGAGAAGGGAGAACCCGGUGCACCGGGGGAACGUGGUCCCAGAGGCGAGGUUGGGUACGGUAACCCGGGUAUACCAGGGGCAAGAGGUAAGGAGGGGAGUCCAGGUAAAUCUGGGCCCUCAGGGUUACCCGGUUUAGGAAAACCAGGAAUUAAUGGUUUACCUGGUGUCCAUGGUGAGAAAGGCGAAUCAGGACCAAGUGGAGACAUUGGACAUCCAGGACCACCUGGUCCUCAGGGUCCUGCAGGAAAGCCAGGAUUAGAUGGGAUAGGGAAACCAGGUCUGAAUGGGUUACCAGGUAUCCCAGGAUCUGUAGGUCAUAAAGGUGGGCCUGGACCUCCUGGUGCUCGGGGUUUGCCUGGGGUUCCAGGGUAUGCAAAACCGGGAAUGAAUGGAUUAAAAGGUCAGCGCGGGCCUCCUGGGGCACCAGGUGCUCCAGGACCCAACGGCGAACCAGGUGUAAGUGGUUUACGUGGUGAACAAGGCCCCCAGGGUAGGCAAGGUUAUCCAGGGUCUAUUGGUUCCAGGGGGUUAAUGGGCAAGCACGGCCCACCAGGGCCUGAAGGUAAAAUUGGGCUAAAUGGGCCACCAGGGCCAAAAGGAAUCCGAGGGGAUCAGGGAUAUAGUGGGUUACCUGGAAAACCUGGUGUGCCCGGGGAAAGAGGUUUACACGGAUCUUCAGGAGCACCAGGUAAAAUAGGUCCAAAAGGUGACUCUGGACCUGCAGGAGGUUCUGGGACACGUGGACUAACUGGUCCUGUAGGACCAAAAGGAGAAUCAGGGCAUGGAGGACAACCAGGACCCAGAGGUUCUUCAGGAAUUCCAGGUAUUCAAGGGCCUACAGGGCCCAGAGGACCAAUAGGUUUACCUGGUCCCAGAGGUGAAGCAGGGCCACCAGGCUUACUAGGAGAGGGGAAAAUAGGAUUACCAGGUAUUGCAGGUCCAGUAGGUCCAAUGGGAAACCCCGGCAUUCCAGGAAGAAUGGGAAUUCAAGGCGCACCUGGACUUCCAGGUCCAGCAGGCCUGCCCGGCAUCGUCAUUAAUGGGGAUACAACCGGUAUUGCUAGCCUGCAUGGUGGUGUUGAUGGUGCAUCAGUACCAGGAAAUGGAAAGCAUGGAAAACCACAAUAUGAAAGAGGAGAAAUGUCUGCACGAGUAGCUCCAGCUUUCACUGCAAUUCUCACAAAAUCAUUUCCACCUUCAGGCAUCCCCAUUAAGUUUGAUAGGAUUUUGUAUAAUGGACAACAUGGUUAUAAUCCAUCAACCGGACUAUUUACGUGUCAAGUUCCAGGUGUCUACUACUUUGCUUAUCACGUGCAUGUGAAGGGAACCAGUAUCUGGGUGGCACUGUACAAGAAUAAUGUGCCUGCAACAUACACAUAUGAUGAAUAUAAAAAAGGAUACCUUGAUCAAGCAUCAGGGAGUGCGGUCCUGGAACUGAAAGAACAUGAUCAGGUGUGGAUCCAGAUGCCUUCAGCCCAAGCUAAUGGGUUAUAUUCCACUGAUUACAUCCAUUCCUCUUUCUCAGGAUUCCUACUUUGCCCAACAUAACGUUGAUCAACUUGAAUUAGUGGAUUUAUAUAUUGUGUAGUAAUAAACUGUAUUAAGAGGGACACUGGAAAAACAUACAAGUGUUAUAUGUUGCUACCAUGUUCCAGUAUUUAAAAAAAAGCCUAGACAGCCUCUGGAUGAUAAUCAGCAUAUUAUAGCAACCACAAACAUCAGACAUUUUCCCUAAUGACUGCACAUUUUCAGCUUAUGUUAUAAGGGAUUUAAUGUGGAACUGUUUUUUUUAUGAUCAGUUAGAGGCAAAACCAUUGUCAAUGAAGAUUGAUGUGAUGUUUGUGACACUUGUAUUCCCUGUGCUAUUUUUGAGUAAUGUUCUAAGUAAGGAUGCAUUUCUUGUUUUUUCCCCCACAUUUAUACCAUUGACAGAAACAAACUAUCAUAUUACACAGUUGUACUCUAAUUAUUAUAAUCAUAUCUUUUUAAGUGCAAUACAUGAUAAGUGGUGUUCCAUUGUGAAUUCAGACAACUGUGUAUACUGACUGAGAAUUAAAACAUUGAGGAAUGGUAUAAUCGGCACUGCUACUUGCUUGAAUUUUAAAUUUCAAAUUAACUUGUAGUAACGUUAUGCUGACUAAAAGGUUAAUGGAUAACGGAUGUAGUACAAGUAAAUGUUUCUUUUGUACUCAUUAAGUUUUAUGUAUUUUGCAUGAUCUGAGAUGUUACCAAACAUCAACUUAGUUGGAAUGAAAGGUAAGGAACAUUGAAAUGUACCAAAACAAAAUAACUAUCGUCAGUGUAUUGGCAUUGGUUUAUUAUUGUCACGUGUACUGAUAUACAAUGAAAAUCUUUGUUUGUUUGCUAUCCAGUCAAAUCAUAUAUUUGGUGCUCAAGUCUCAGGAAUGGGAUUUGAAUCUACAAACUUCUGACUCAGAGCUGAGAGCGCUGUUCAUUGGUCAACACCCAAAUCACAAUGUGGUGCACCCCAACAUUUCACUAACAAAUCGUCAACUGAGGAGACAAAACGGGAAAUCAAUCUGUCAUUCCUUCCAAUGAACUGAGAAAUUAUCCCAGCUGAUGUGAUCUCAGAAUACUUAUUCACAAUGAAUACCCUCCUUCUAGAUCAUAAAUUGUUAUGAUUUUCACAUAGUGAAGACACCUCUGCGACAGAUCUAGUGUAGUCACUUGGUAGACAAAAAUGCUGGAGAAACUCAGCGGGUGAGGCAGCAUCUAUGGAGCGAAGGAAAUAGGCAUUGUUUCGGGUCGAGACCCUUCUUAAUUUAACUCAGUUUGCUGGCAGCUAGAGCGCUGCAUGUACACAUGCCACUAUUUUUCAAACUAGCAAAGACUGUGAAAUGUUUAGUCUUUUUUUUUCAAUCUCAUAACACAAAGCUCGAUGAAAAUCCCUUAUCAAAGAAUUCCCGAGUUAAGAGGGAGUAGAGAUCUAGUGGCACCUUGGAGCAAAUGGACCAUUGGAUCACUAUUAUCUUACAUGCUGGUAGAUCCAUUAAGGUUUAGUACAUUGCUGAGAUUCACAAAGUUAAGUAAGUCCUAUUUGUGAACAAUGACAUUUGCCCACAUGUUACACCAGAUUAUGUCAUGGCGUCUGUGUUCCUGAGCUGUGAAAUUUAUACAACAGUAGAUUUUAUAUUUUGCAAGGAGAUUGGCAUUAUGAACUUUCAGGCAGCGUGGUUCAUUUCAUGGUUGCAUUUCUGAUCUUAGUAGGCUAAAUUAUUUUUGUUGCUAAAAAUAAUUCUUAGUAAAUUCUCUGCAAGUAAAACUUAGUUAAAAUUUAUUACCACAGAAUUACUUGGGAUAGUUCAUUUGCAAAUGCCUUACCUAGGUUUUUUUUUUCUGCCCCUUCUCUGUCUGACCUGUUAAUACAUACACUGACAAUGAAAAACAUUGCAUCCAAGCACAUAGAAUUUAAAUGUCCAAUUAGAUUUAAAAUGUAAAUGCAGAAUGUUUAAAUAUUCCAAUGAGAUGAAUAGAAAAUAUGCAUUCUACUGAAACGCUCAAUUAGUAAUGAAAUUCAGAAUGGGUAGCAGAAAAGUUAAAUGGCUGAUGAAAAUUGAGUAUGAAAUAUAUUUAUGAUGUAAUGUGAUUGAUUAUGAAUCAAUAAUAAUGAGCAUAAAAAACAUUUAAAACUAUUUUAUGUUCUACCAGUCCUUUCCAGACAUUCUGACUGAAGUAUGAGUUACAUUGCUUACAAAAUAGUUAAGAGUAAAUCAGUUCAAUUUACUUUUGAACUUUUAGUUGGAGUAAUUGAUUAUACAGAAUCAAACUGAUACCCUAGACAAUUGGAUAAUGAAAUGAUGCCAGGAAGAAUUCUGUUUAUUGGAUCUUACAAUUAUUUUUAUGCAUUUAUGUAGAUUGACUGUAUGCAUUACUUUGUGAAAAAGAAAUUUAUAUUACCCUUUUAAGCAACAGAAAUAAAUUAAACUGCACAGCAGAGUUUGAUUUUGAAGGAAUGGGCUGAUAAUUGUCCCAGUUAUUAGAACAUAAUUUGGAGCUAAGGUAAUAACAUUUAUGCAUUAUAUAGAAAAUAUAAUGCGGAGUGAUAAUUUCUCCAAAAUUUCAAUUAUAACCACAGGGCUGUAACAUAUUUUGUAACAGAAUCCCAACCAGCUAAUGAAGUUAUAUUUUAAAACAAAACAUAAGCACUACAGCAAUUGUGAAAAAGCCCAAGGUGUACAUCUGUAAUUUCAAAAUGCACAAACAAAAUUACAUGAGAUACCCAUUAUUUCAAAGAUUAAAGCUUGUCAAUAGCAUGGAAAUUUUGACCAGAAUAAAUUUGUUAAUAUUUACUGUAUGAAUUUGCUAAUUUAGCAACAUAAGACCGCAAUCUAAUACCUUCAUUCUUCUACACCAAAGUCAACAGAGUUGUCGUCUAAAAUUCAGUUAUACUUUACACUUUAUUGAUUUAUUGUUAUAUCAGAUGCCAGAAUAAUAAUUCCAACAUGAAGAAAUUGCAUUAAAAUGUCCAACACUAUAUAUAUAUGCAACUUUAGAUUAUAUGUAUUUUUUAAUGAACUGUUGUUUUCACAUCAAUUACAUUUUGAGAAAUCGUUAUCCUGGACAAUCCCAUAAUUAUGUUAUUGAAUUGUUAAUAUUGAUGAGAGCGAGUCAUUCUCCAUCUUUUUGUCUGGAGGAGAAUUUCACCUUCAUAGUCAUCAAUUUCUGAUGUGGAAGACGUCUUCUUAUGUAAAUACUUACCUGCACUGUAAUAGCAUCUGGUAAAAUGCACUCUUACCUGAAUUGAAAGCCAGAGUCUUCUUUGAAAACUAAACUACUUGAUUGUAUUGAUACAACAUCAAUAAAAGGUUUUCUGAUAUUACGAAAAA